CAACGACAGUUGCCAACCUGAAAUUGCCCCUAAAGAAAACCCAGGAUGCUCCAACAUGUACUAAUACAUAAAAUAAUACACAUUUAUUUAUCGUGACUGCAGUAAUUUUUUUAAAAAAGUGCGAAAUUCGUUCUUCUAAUUAUAGUGCCGACACGCGAUCUAUUUAAAUGCAGUGCAGCUAGCAAUUACAAUGGCGCAUCGCCAAGACUAUAGCGGGACGUUUCCAGGGAACUCCUACAAUGACUUGUGCAAUUCGUUUGACAAAGUACAACUGCGAAAUGCAUCGAAAGAUUGCCUACUCACGGAUUAUUGCGACAUUCGAAGUCGGCUGCUUUUGUUGCAAAACGAUGAAAUGGAUCUUUCGGUUCCAUCAAAACUGGGUGACAUAGUACAAUUAUUACGAAGGAACCAGUAUCUUUGAAAGCAAUUUUAUUCAAUCAAUCUUUUAUUAUUUUUCAAUAAUUCAGAUUAAUAACAACUACUUUUGAUUAUUUUUUUGAUAUUGAUGAUUCAUUCAGAUUUUCUUUCUCAAUUUAUCACUAAUUUCAUUCAGUAAUGAGAUCAGCAAUCCAAGAAAGAAGAAGGAAUCUGCGAAGAAUGCAACAGACGAAGAAAGAUUUAUUUUAAAAUUUGCACAGUACUCUUUGAACAAUUCACUUCACUCAAGUUUAUUUCAAUAGAUAAUUAAUUUGAAUUUUUUGAAUUUUUUUGAAAUGAUUUAGAGAGCCAUAAAUUACAGGUUUAUCCAGGAGGCCCCUCGACAUGUACGGAAGAACAAGGAACACUUGGAAGAUGUUUACAAAAUGCUAAUUUUUCUACACAACUAUAUUUCUAGGCACAUUAAGGUAUUGACAUUAAUUCUCACUCAAAAAGUUUAUUACAAUAUUUUGGAUUUUUGAAAAUGUUUGCAUGCAGUCUGAAAUUUGUGAAAACUACAUUUUAUAAUUAAUGCCAGUUCAAGGGUUUGUAUACAUAUAUCAUUAUCCCUGGUUGUUGAGUUUGCACCUCUAAAAAAGAGAGAACCUUAAUCUUAAUUAUACUAUCUUUGUGAUUGAUACGAAAGUAUUUUCACUCGUCUAUAAUUCCUGGAGGAAAAAGCAGUAUACCUGUAUAUAUGGUUUAUUUAUUUCAUCGCAAUUAGUCUCCUCUGACAAUAAUUUUUCAUCUUCAGUAUCGCUUGUUUUCUGUACUUUAUGUUUUGUCUUAUAUUUUGUGAUCAAUAAAUAGUGCCAUCUUUCGUGCUUAGUUGUUGUGUUCUUAUUUUUGUGUGUAUCUAACCAAUGCUAUCUAUUUUUAUAUUUUGCUUCUAUUGCUUGC